GUGUAGCAUACAACUCACAGCGGCAUUCAUAGCUGUAGUCCUGCUUAAGUAGCCAAUUCAAAAGGAUAUAAAUCAGUUCGAGCAAACAUGCUGCCACAAAGAACUAUGGAAUACUUAUUUUAUUUGGGAUUCUUCAUUCUGUUGUUGAGAUUUGCCGAUGCAGAUGCUGCUACUGUACGCGCUUUUGAAGAGCCUGCCAGCGAGAAUAGUCUGAAGGCACCACCCGCCUCACAUUCCAGCCCCACCGAGACUGCAGGCACGAGCAGCAGCAAUAGCAAACGUGACGUAAUGAAACGCGCAUUUGAAGAGUGUAAAACACAGUUGAGCUGGAUGUGCUUGAAAAUUGAAUUUGUGAAAAUUAUGGAGCGUUUGAUGGAAAGGGACGAGCUGAAACUAGUGCCUGGCGUGAGUGUAGUGAGAAAUGCUAAUGCCACGGAGGUGAAGAGCAACGACUUAAUGGCAGAAGUUGCACGAAGCUACCCGAAUGACCCUAACUCACGUCUCAAUGGAUAUAUUGUGAAUAAAUUGAGUAGUUUCCUGCAAACACACUUUCUCCGUUUCAAAUUGAUCGACAGCGAAACAAUGGCGGAAGCUCAUUCGGCUGUGGAGACAGGACGUAAAGGAAAAUUUGGCAAAAAAGGUGGUAUGGAGGCGCUCAUCGCAGCAGGUCUAAUGAUGAAGGGAACUCUGAUGGCCAUUGGUAUGGCUGCUGUGGCGUUAAUGGCUGGCAAAGCACUCAUGACGGCACUAAUGGCCUUAACACUAUCCAGCGUAUUGGGUUUGAAGAGUUUGGCUUCCGGCGGUGGAAAGUCCACAACAUACGAAAUUGUUUCCAAACCCGUAUACACUUCAAGCCAUUCGCACUCCUAUGAUGAAGGACACAGCAGCGGACACGGACAUAUGGGAGGUGGCCACAGCGGUAGCGGUUAUGGGGGUUACGCGCGGAGCCUCAAUUUAGAGUCACCGAAUGAGCUGCAGUGAAGAAGCUUACCAUAUUUAAUUCAAGCUUAGUUUUAAUCUAGUUUGUA